AGAUGGAAAUAGACCAGCUUCUCAACUCCACAGGUCCACCUAUAAGUAUAAUUCUCCCUAGCAACUAUGUAAUCGUCCCAUCCAUUUUCUUCUGGAUCCUAACACCUGUUAUCAUUCACGACUGCAAAACUAGUCGCCAGACACCUCUUCCAUGGUCAACACUGAUGAGCUUGAAAUGGUUUGUCGCCAGUUUGCUGAUCAUUGACCGAUUGUUUGUAUUUCUUCUCGCUGUAUGGGAAUCUCUUUUUGAACACAAAAAUGUGACGGCGGAUUUGUUCAUCAUACCGUUCUUUCAUAGUUUCACAUUGCUUGCCCUCCUAAUCGCCACAAAUGAGGUUCGUCGGGCUGGAAUCCACUCCUCUGGACCACUUUUCUGCAUUUGGAUGCUUUUCGCAGUGGCUGCAGUGCCCGAGUUCUAUCAAUGGAUGACAACAGGCAGCCAGCCAGAGCUUGUUGCCCGAAUCGACUUCUUCCGCUAUGUAGCGUACUUGACGUACUUUCCCUUGGUAGUCGCCGAAUUUGUACUACAUUUUGUGUCUGAUCCGUUCCCGAUGCCAAGGGGUUAUCAGAACUUGAAAUGCCCGGAAGAAAAUGCAAAUUUCAUCAGCAGGCAGCUAUUGCUUUGGUUCACACAAAUCAUUUCUCUAGGAUAUGAAAGAACGCUUGUGGCGGAUGAUGUUUUUGAAAUGGAUAGUCAAAUGGAUCAGGAGUACCUGAAAGCUCGAUGGAAGACAGAGUGGCUGAAACAAACAGAAAAAGCUCGUGAAAAACAAGUGAAGCUCGAUGACAAACGAGAACGAGCCAGAACUGGAAGCGAGAAAGCCCCACUUUUAGGUACUUUCAAUAACUAUGGCGCAGUGAAUCUUGAUGAUAAAGAUCGAGUAAUUGUUCAGCCAUCUGUCAUUGUAACUCUUUGGCAGAUCAUGAAAUGGGAGAUUUUGGGAGGAUCGUUCAUCAAAUUCUUGUCGGAUUUGCUGCAAUUUGCCAAUCCAACAUUUUUGAACUAUCUCAUCUUAUUCAUCGAGACACCCAAUGCUCCUUUGAUCAAUGGAAUUGGACUUGCAGUUGGGCUUUUUCUGGCUGGUCAAAUCAAGUCCUUGUUCAUGAAUACUUACUUCAUUGCAAUGACAAGAGUUGGAGCAAAAAUCCAAACAAUGUUAAGCUGUGCAGUUUACGAGAAGUCCCUUUUACUUUCAAACACUGCUAGAAGAGAACGAACAGUCGGAGAAAUGGUGAACAUCCUUUCGAUUGACGUUGACCGCUUCCGAAUGAUAACUCCCCAAAUUCAACAGUAUUGGAGCAGUCCGUUCCAGAUUAUCAUUUGCAUGGUUUUGCUCUCACAAACUAUUGGUGUGGCGGUUUGGGCUGGAAUCGUUGUGAUGAUCAGCAUUGUUCCAAUCAACAUCUGCGUAUCAAUGAUAACUAAACGUUGGCAACUCAGACUUAUGAAAUACAAAGAUGAACGAAUCCGGUUGAUUAAUGAAGUUUUAAAUGGAAUUAAAGUUGUCAAGUUGUCUGCUUGGGAAACUGCAAUGGAAGAGACCAUCGAACGGGUGAGAGACAAGGAACUGAAAAUGAUAAAGCAAAGUGCCUUGUUAAAAACUUUCGCGGAUUGUUUGAAUGUUGGAGCUCCAGUUUUUGUGGCUCUUUCUUCAUUUACUGUUUUCGUUCUUAUUGAUCCGAAGAACGUGCUCACCCCGAAUAUUGCUUUUGUAUCGCUUUCUCUAUUCAAUCUGCUCCGUGGGCCACUCAUGAUGGCAGCUGAGUUAGUUGCACAAACUGUUCAACUUGUAGUUUCAAACAAGAGAGUAAGAACAUUCCUGUGUGAGAAGGAAGUUGACACUGCAGCUAUUGAUAAGGAGAUUAGAGGAGAACUUUACACAAACACCGUUGAAAUCCACUCAGGCUCAUUUGCAUGGGAUAGUGCAGAAGCUCGAAUUCUUAGUGACAUUGAGUUCCUAGCUGGUUCGAAAGAGCUGGUGACAGUUGUUGGGUCUGUGGGUAGCGGAAAGUCGAGUUUGCUCCUGGCUGCUCUUGGAGAAAUGGAAAAAGUUUGUGGAUACGUUGGAGUAAGAGGUUCGGUAGCUUAUCUCUCACAACAACCUUGGAUUUUGAAUCAGUCAUUGAAGAAGAACGUUUUGAUGCAGGCAGAUUUGAAUGACGUUUUGUACAAAAAAGUGAUCGAAUCAUGUGCUCUCAAAGAAGAUUUGAAACAAUUACCCGAUGGUGAUGAUACUGAAAUUGGAGAAAAAGGAAUUAACCUUUCUGGAGGUCAGAAAGCUCGAAUCGCCCUUGCUCGUGCGGUCUAUCAAAGCAAAGAUGUUUACUUUUUGGACGAUCCAUUGUCAGCGGUUGAUGCUCACGUGGGCAAGCACAUCUUCGAUAAUGUUAUUGGCCCAAAUGGAAUGUUGUCGCAUACCACAAGAAUAUUGGUCACUAAUUGCACAUCGUUUUUACAAGAAUCCGGGAAAAUUAUCGUCAUGAAAGACGGAAGAAUCAAACAUUGUGGAACAUACAACGAACUUUUGACUGAUGUCGAAGCUCGUGAGUACCUCCAAGAAGUUGACAAUGAGUACGCACAAGCUCAGGAGUCCAGCGGUGAAGAGAGCGGCGGCGAAGAAAACUCCGACAUCCUUCCGGGAUCAAUUGCGUCGGGAAGUCGAAUGUCAAGACUUUCCAGGCUAUCGAAAAUUUCUCGCAAAAAGUCCAAAUCAAGUAUCGUCGAAAAAAAGAAGCCAGAUGCGUUGAUAACCAAAGAAGAAGCUGCAAUUGGUCGAGUGAAUCCAGGAGUUUACCUCCUCUAUUUCAAAGCAAUGGGAAUUGUCACCUACGUGCUUCCCUAUGCCAUUGCGGUGGUGUUGAAUGUAUCAUUUGCACUUGGAAGAAGUUUGUGGCUCACUGCCUGGUCGGAUGCCAAUAUCGAUAUUAACCAUCCCGAUACAAUGUCAGUGGGCGCUAGGCUUGGAGUCUAUGCCGGAUUUGGAAUAACAGAAGUCAUCUUCCUCUUCUUCUCACUGGUACUUCUCCUCAUUGGAGGUGUUGCUGCAUCUAAAAACCUUCACAAACCACUUCUUCACAAUGUUCUCCGUAAUCCCUUGUCAUACUUUGACAUUACUCCAAUCGGACGAAUCAUCAAUCGACUCGCAAAAGACAUGGAAGUCGUUGAUCUCAGGCUCAGUAGCUCUUUUAGAUUUUUAGUAAUGGCUCUUAUAAAUAUGGUUCAGACAGUUCUAAUUGUCUCUUACACAACUCCUCUGUUCAUUGCAAUCAUCAUUCCUGUAUUUAUAAUUUACUUCUUUGUUCUCAAGUACUCUAUUAAAAGUACCCGACAACUUCAAAGAAUCGCAUCAUUAACUCGGUCUCCAAUUUUCUCAAACUUUUCUGAAACUCUCCAAGGAAUUUCCACUGUUCGAGCAUUCCAGUGGAGUGACGAGUUUGUGAGACGAAAUGAUGAACAUUUAAAUACUCAUGUAAAAUGCAGCUACUACUCUCAAAUGGCGAAUCGUUGGCUUUCUAUUAGACUUGAGUUACUCGGAAAUAUUGUGAUCUUUUCCGCUGCAAUUCUUGCAAUUAUUGGCAAAGAAUCUGGAAUCACUGCUGGUAUGCUUGGACUUUCAGUUUCUUACAGUUUGAACAUUACUUUCAUGUUAAACAUGUUUGUGCGACAAAUCAACGAAGUUGAGACAAAUGUUGUAUCGGUAGAGAGAAUUGAUGAAUACAGUAAGACCAAGAGCGAGGCUGAGUGGCGUUUGGAUAACAACAAUCUUCCAUCAAACUGGCCUACUGGUGGUGCUGUUAACAUUGAAGACUACUCCUGCAGAUACCGCGAUGAGCUGGAUUUGGUUCUAAAACAGAUUAGCCUCAAUAUCCUACCCGGUCAGAAAGUGGGAGUUUGUGGAAGAACUGGAGCAGGAAAAUCUUCCCUUGCUCUUGCUUUGUUUCGCAUUGUCGAGGCAGCUGAUGGUAAUAUAUCUAUAGAUCAAACAAUUACGUCUCAUAUUGGACUUCACGAUCUGAGAGAAAAAUUGACAAUUAUUCCGCAAGAAAAUGUGUUGUUUGCAAAUACUUUAAGAUUUAAUAUUGAUCCAAAGGGACAGUUCACCGAUCAACAGCUGUGGUUAGCCCUGGAGAACUCGAAUCUGAAAGCACACGUAGAAUUGCUGCCACACAAGUUGGAAAGCCCCGUUGCGGAGGGUGGAGAGAAUUUCAGUGUUGGCCAACGUCAACUUCUAUGCCUAACCAGAGCUCUGCUUCGAAAAUCUAAAGUGCUUGUGUUGGAUGAAGCGACUGCUGGAAUCGACAACCGGACUGAUACAAUGGUUCAAGCAACUAUUCGUGAAAAGUUUGCGGAUUCCACAAUCAUCACCAUUGCUCACAGACUUCAUACUAUCAUUGACUAUGAUCGAAUUAUUGUGAUGGAUGCUGGUAGAAUCGUGGAGGACGGAAUCCCUGGAGAGCUACUUAAGAAUAGAAACUCACAGUUUUAUGGUCUCGCUAAAUCAGCAAAAAUUGUUAAUUGAUCGUUGCCGUUUUUAGUUUUUGAACAAGUUUGUAAUUAUAAAUAUUUAAAAUCC